AUGGACAACAGAGACAAAGACAGCAUCAACAAGUUCGUCACCGAUAUCCUUGCCCAGUCCAGCAACCUCACCGGCGGCGCAAGAUGGUUCACGUACUUUGACACCCACCCCACAGAUCUAAAAAACGGAAACAGCGGCGUAUGGGAUUUCAAGGAUGUAAGCCAUCGCUUGGAAAAGUUCAUAAGGGACGAGUACGGAACUCGUGGCACCGAGCUACGGAUAACUGGUGGUUGGAUCUACGCCUCAAGACGCAACCCGGACGUACCAUUCCGCUACAAGAUUGCCUCUCGAGAAUACCACUCCCUGUCCCCCAUCUUCAUCACCGGCGACGGGAAGCCCAACGCCGAGGUCAUGUUCCACGGCAAGAUCCACCUCACGUUUGGCAGUUCAUAUUGCCCUACAGACAAGAAGGAUGAUUCAUAA